AGGAGAAAAAAAAAAAGAGGAAAGGAGGCGUUACCCUCCAGCGCCAUCAGCUGCAGAUUUAUGCAAAACAGAGGAAGCGCUGCGGAAGAAAAGGAGCGUCGCGCACGGAGCUCCGGACACCGACCAGCCGCCUGCGGACGGUCAGCAACGGGCCGGCGGAGAGACCCGGGACCGAACGGCAGGUCGUGACACCCUGAAUGUGUUGUGAUGCACGGAGCCAUUUACACGUCAACAGAUGGUCGCGGUGAACAGAGGCGAGAACAUCUGGAGUCGUCGGCGUCGCCCUGAAAGCAUCUUUGUCGCUGAGAGCAGCCAUGGAGACGGAUGGAGAGCAGAACCAGCAGGGGGCCUCGACCAAUGGUAGCGCGGCAUCCGGAACGAGCUCCCGCCCCUCUCCAAUGAAUUCCAUGUCUCUGUACGAAAGACAGGCGGUGCAGGCGCUGCAGGCGUUACAGCGGCAGCCCAAUGCGGCGCAGUACUUCCAGCAGCUGAUGCUGCAGCAGCAGAUCAGCAACGCGCAGUUCCAGAACCUGGCAGCCGUGCAGCAGGCCACCAUGGCUGCCAGUCGGCAGUCGAGUGCCUCCGGCGGCGGCUCCUCUCAGACCACCGGCGCCGCGUCCGCCAGUGUAACAUCUGGAUCUACGACCAACAGCCGUCCUCUGGGCAACCCGUCCACAAUCAGCCAAUCGGUGGUGCUGAGUGGGACGGCGGGGGCGCAGGGACAAAUGUACCUGAGGGUCAACCGCUCUCUAAGGACCCCCAUCUCCUCGCAGCUCAUCUUCAUGCCCGGCAGCGCAACCGUUGGCCAGCAGCCGCAGGCUAAACAGGAAGUGACGCCAACUUCCUCCGCCAGCGGUCAGUCGGACAACGACCAGGUGCAGAAUCUGGCCAUGCGAGGCGUGUCCACGCUCAAAGGUGUCGGCGUGAAGACUGAAGCUCCAGAGAGGAGCGACUCGGCAGCCUACUCCUUGGUCCACUCGAGCUCCCACACCGCCAACAAGCCAGGCCAUCUACAGCAACCGCCCCCCCACAUCAAAAUCCCCACGUACCCUCAGCCCACCAACCUCAAAGCCCAGCCUUCCUCUUCCUCCACCGCCACCUCCUCCAUCCCUCUCUCCCAGCUCCUGCUUCACGGUACCCGGACCCUCACCGCGGGAACCACGGCCCCCACGGCCCCCACGGCGGCGCGCGCUCUGCUCCUGACGUCCGGCACGGCCUCCCAGCCCACGGGUAUCCCGUCGGCACGCAACCAUGAAACCGGCGUGAGCGCUCAGACGCUGGUGGUGCAGCCUCUGCAGAAGACGUCGCCCGGUGCCGAGAAAUUGGGCAACGGACCCGUCCCAUCCAACCCAACUCUGCAGGGGCUCCGCCUGCCGCUCCAGCUGCCCUCUAGGAACCCGCCCCCCAUCCUGCCCGCCCCGCCGCCAGUCAGCAGCUCCGCGCCGCCUCAGACGCCGCACAUCCCGGUGCAGAUCGUGGGCGCCAGGCAGAGCAUGCUGGGAAACACCCAGGCGCUGGCUCUGGCCCGGGGCAGCUGCUGCCGGGACGGCUCGUCCAGCCUGCUCACCAUGUUGGCCUCCGUCACUUCCAGGGAGGGCGCGGCCGUGUGCCGAGGGGCGGGGCUAAAGGCGCUUCAGUCGCCACAGGAGGCGCCCCCAGUGGCUCAGGUCUCUCAGGUGCCUCCGGAGGCCAAUCAGAGCUCCGGGCCGGGUGACAAUGGACCCUUGGCCUCAGGCCCCGCCUCCUCCCAGGCCCCCGGGGUUUCCGCCCCUCCCACCUCGACGCCUCGCUCCUCCCUCUCCCUCCCCCUAGUGACGGAGGAGCAGAGAGGAGCAUCAGCAGCUUUGCCCGUCAACGGAGACUCAUCCAGAAGUCAGACAUCACAGGGAAAGCAGUUGACAGGCUCACUAAAAAGAAAAUCUGAUCCUACAUCAGCCAAUGACGAAGAAGGCCCCUCCCCUCCACGGCUCCAUCCAAUCAGAGAUCCUGCCUCAGCACGGCCGACCAAUCCCAGUGAAGCAGUCUCCUCCUCUUCCUCCCCCGUGCUGCCGCCGUCCCGUGGGGUCUGCCAGGGGGAGAGAGCCCCCCCCCCUCAAGCUGUGGUGAAACCGAACGUCCUGACCCACCUCAUAGAGGGCUUCGUCAUCCAGGAGGGGGCCGAGCCUUUCCCCGCGUGUGGCUCGGUGAAGGACUCGACCGGUGAGGAUUUAAACGACGGCGCGGACGGAUCGGACGCGGUCACAACAGCAACGGUGCUGAAGUGUGAGUACUGUAAAAACUUUGCUCCCGCCAGCCAGUUCAGAGGCACCAAGAGGUUCUGCUCCAUGUCUUGUGCCAAGAGGUACAACGUCAGCUUCCGGCAGCACUUCUGCGUGCGGCUCGAUCAGGGUCAAUGUCAAGGUCAGCUCUCCAACUCGGACGAGGAGGCGGGGAUCGCCAGGCGGAGGGUCCCGCGCAGGACCAGCUCCGAAAUAGCCAGUGCCAAGAUCGCAGGGAGACCCCUACCGGACAAGUGCCACUCGGAGUCCAGCCACUCAGACGAGGAGUCCAGCGGAGAGGAGGACGAGGACGACCCGGUGUCCCUGUCCUCUGCCUCCUCCGCCUCCUGCCGCCCGCCGCCUCCGCCGCUCCCGACGGAGAGCUCCGCGCCGGGCUGCCCGCCCUCCGGCCCCGCCCAGUGGGGCGUGGAGGAGGUGACGCAGUUCAUUUCCUCGCUACAAGGCUGCGAGGAGCUCGCCUCCCAGUUCCUGUCGCAGGAGAUUGACGGACAGGCCCUGCUGCUGCUGAAGGAGGAGCACCUAAUGUCCACCAUGAACAUCAAGCUCGGCCCCGCCCUCAAGAUCUGCGCCCACAUCAACGCCCUGAGGGACUGAUGCGUGUUCAAAGUCAAGCCCCCGAUCACUUUGGAUGUGGAACUGGUUCGGGACGAGUCGGAGGGCUGCUCCUGGAGGCGUGACAUCCUCUUCCAGAGGAGGCCGAGGCUCGUGAGCUCUCAGCAGGUCGUUGAUCCGUCCGCUCGGCUGCUCACUCUCAAGGUCGGACGCACAGAUGUUGUUAACCUUUGAGUCUGUAUUUGCAAAUAUUAAAAAAAGAUUACAAUAUUUAGGUGAAGAUAGAUGUUCCCUAAAAGGCUGUUUCUACGCAGAGCAGUAAAAGUUCUUGGUGGUUUCAUUUUGCUUUUUAGUUGCACAAUCUCCCUCCUGCACCUGCUUGUGUGUUGUGAAAUGAAGGUUCUGAAUGUAUUCUCCACGCAAGUCGCUUUCAGAAAGUUGGAUUCUUGCACAGACAGUAAAUCUAUCUUACUGCAUUUGUUGUUGCAUUGAAUUGAUGUUUGGCCAUCGGGUCAAAGUGUACUUGACAGCCCGCUUCUUUGUCGUCUUUCUUUUAAACCACGUAUGUUCUUGUGUAGCCGAACACUUGAGGCUGUUUGGAUUGGGAUUAUUACAGAACUGUAGCGAAAAAAUAUGUAUAAUUUAAUUCAAAUCUAUUCAAAAGCUGUGUAUCAGUUGUCAUCAAAGAUGACAGUUGGUUUACUUUGAAGGGAACAUUUUAACUUUAAUUGUAUUUAUGUGAGAACUAAUACUUUCAAAAAGGUGUAAUUGUUUUUUUAACUGGUGGCUUUUUUAAUUUGUAUGCGGUCUGUUCUUCAGUUUACAGGGUACGCUUUGAGUACAGGGUACUAGAGUCCAAAUGAAUCCCGAGUCCUUCGGCUCUGUUUUCAAGUGAGGCAAAAAUACUGAUGUUGCUUCUGCUUUUCUCACAUCGGCACUCCAAGAAGCAGGAACGCUCUCCAAAAACUCUAACGAGACAGUCUUUUCAUUUACUGUGGACUCUACACUCAAAGAUGCAUCCUGGGACUAUUUUGUUCUGUCUGGCAAUUUUUGAGACUUGUCCAACCGGCUCCAUUCAAGGGUUUGUGUGUGAGUGACGGGUGACGUCGUGGGCUUGAUUUUUGCGAAGGGACGUUUUCUCCUCAACAACAUUAAAAAAAGAAACGCUGGAACAGUUGAACAAAGCCAGGAGGAGAAACCCACGGACCUACAGGUACGUUUCGGAUGGACGUUCCUGAGUGAAGGAGGCGUCAAUGAGGAGAAACUUAAGCUGUAAUAAGUGUAGGAUUUGCCUUUAUAUUUAAAUGCACAUUUGUUUGCUGGACGGCCUUGUUUCUGCUUUUUACCGUAGGAGUUUUCUCAUGUUACCGCUCUGUGAACCUUGUGGCCUUUCUCACUAGUCUCUUUAAUAGGUUUAGAUGAGGAUUGUUUCUUUUCUAACUGCUUUUCAUAUCAUUCCUUGUUUUUAUAUUCGUACUUACUUUUCUACAAUUGUUAAUUCAAGCAAUGACAUCUGUUGCCUUUCCCCAAAAGGCGCCACUGAGUACCGGCCUCGAUUAAGGACACUUGCCAUCUUCCUCGUGGCUCCGUCCCGUAGCGUGUAACUACCAACAGUAUUUCCCUGUCUAGAUAUCGACCUUUGGCUCUAUUGUUCGUUCGUGACCGUGGCUCUCACAGUGUUUUCUUUCCAACAGGACGAUGGUGUCUGGUAGCUGUGUUUUUUUUCUAUUCCAUAGUGCUCGCCAUAUGUUGAGGUGUUUGAAUCCCUCGCCGUACUGUGAAGGCUAAAAAUAUUGGCACUUGUACACAAGUUGUGUGAGCCACAGUCUCUUAAUCACCACCAACCAGCAAAUGUUUGGAUUAUCGGUGAAACGUUUGCAGAACCGGGGUUCAUUCAAUCAUCGUUCUCCCAAAAAGUAGCACUCGUUUUAUAAUUAUUGAAUUGAGGCUACUCAAUUUUUCAGUUAACAGUCUUAAAAAACUGCUAAAUCUUGGAGGGACUCGGUCUGACAAAGAGAUGUUAACAGUUCUAUCUUGCAAAUAAAAAAAAUCAUCAGUCUUUUA